AUGUCAUCAGACUUAACACCGGCACCAUUUGCGAACCCACAACAGCUACUACAAUCACCCUCGCGCUUAUAUCGCAUCUAUCGACCCGCCUUUCACCGUCACUAUGAGAUCAAAUCCUCCGACGAACGCCUCUUAUUCUACGGAAAUGUCUCCGUUUUUAGCUUCAAAAAGCCCGAAGUGACCCUCCACGCAGGAGCCAGCGAUACCGCGCCCAUAGUGGCAGCCUGCAAAUUCGUCAAAUUCUCCGGCAGUUUCAAAUUAGCGCUGGGCGAUCCGGACGAUGUAAACAACGUCCAGUGGGAAGAUAUGACCCGGGACUCCGCCCUGGCUCUACAUUCAAGAUUUCGAUUCGAGAUGACAGUCCCCGACAAGACGCGGGCUGGAUACAAUGAGAGAAGGGCAUUUCUCUGGAAACGAACGCACAAUGAGGCGGUGGAAGGAAGGUCGCCUUUGAAAGCGAGUAUGCGCAAUUUCAAACUUGUUGAGGAGAGUACAGGCCAGGUUGUGGCUGUGUUUAAUAGUGAGAUUUCUUUCUCUAAGUGUGGUGUACUUGAGGUUAAGGCGGAUUAUGGAGAGGCUUUUGAUAUCAUGGUUGUUAAUUCUUACGUGGGUCUAUAUGAGAGAGCGAGGCGGCGCAAUAAUCGUGCCGCUGGUGGUGGUGGCGGUGGUGGAGGAGGCUGA